AUGUCUCUCUUUCGUAUGGACCUUUGGUUCCCCGAAGCAAUCGACUAUCCUGUGCAACUCCUCACUAGACCUGUAUGGCUCGUCGAUUACACCGCCGCCAUGAUCAUAGCGACGGUGUUCGCAGUGGUGCAAGUCAUGGCAUGUGCAUACACAGCUCCGAAGAUUAUACGGUCAUCCGCCUCUCAGCCGCACAACCAUAAUAGUCGGUUUAACCGAGUCAACUGGUGGCAUGCGACGAGCGUCUUAAUCGCCAUCCUCUACAUCGUCAGCACCGUCAUCUACUGGGUAGUCUAUAUCCAACGCUAUACCUCCGUUACGACUUUACGGGGGUAUAACCUCACAGAGGAGCAGACUCUGGACUGGUUCCGCGCAAAUCCGGAACACGAGGGAGUCAAGAUGAUUUGUAUACCUGGUGCCCUCUUACUGGAUGGAUCGGAAGGGGCGAGGUUUUGUACGAUGUUUAAGCUGGAACAUAACUUGCUCCAUUACAAAGCUCUGGAAGUUACCUUUGCGACCCUGGUUGAAAUGCUGAUUCUUUUGGCGGAUGUUAUCCUGGUCUAUCGAUGCUACGUGGGCUUCGCCGAUCUUGCCUGGGUAUACGCGACCGCAGGUGUUCUCUUCCUCUUAUCUCUCUCCGGUCCGAUAAUGGGUAUCAUCGCCCUCGCCAAGCUGGCCUCUUUGGGUCGAAACACAGACCCAUGGUUCGAAGCCAACUUUCCCCAGACGGGUGGGUACCGCUUCCUCGCCUGGCACUCCCCUGCCGUCGUCAUCGCCACAUCCGUUGCUGUCAACCUGUUCGUCACGGUGGCGAUCGUUACGCGGAUCAUGCUGGCUAGAAGAAAAGUUAGGCAACUCCAGCUCGUAGGUGACGUGCCCAAGGAUCCCUACCUCGGAAUAUCGGCUAUCCUCGUCGAAUCGGCUUUACCUUCUGCGGUUUUUGGUGUGUUGGCCGCUGUGUUUCCGAAGGUAGGAAAGGUUGGAGCGUAUAUAAACAUCAAUUUCUCGCCCAGAGUUCUGUGGAUUGCUUUCACGGCACUUGCACCGCAAUUGAUUAUUAUACGGGUUCUUCAAGGCCGAGCGUGGCGAAGGGAUAUGGUCUACAGUAAUCGGUCCUCCUCUGCGGGACGGGGUCUUUUAUUCGCGCCCAUGGAGACUACAACCCAUGAACAACUCCGGAGUCCGAAUGAUGGAGGAGGGGUUCAGGAUGAAGAGAAAACCACUAGUACCCCAUCGACAGACCUAGACUCCACGCCGACAUAA